CCUUCGAUCGCGCGGGCGAAAGGCCCCAAACGACUGGCUGGCGGAGCGUAUGGCUGUUGGUGGUGGUUCUUAUUCCCCUCCUCACGCUUCGUGGAGAUCGGAGUCUCUCUCUCCCCCUCUCCUCCUCCCCUUGUUCCUAUCGUCCGAGACCCCCUCCGCGAUGGGACCUUGCUCUUCGCCGCUCCUGCUCCGACCCUGAUCGAUGGCCGCCGCCCGCCCAUGGACUACGACGACGCCGCCGCCGUCACCGACGGGGUCGACAAGCGUGGCGCCAUGGCGUCCUCCGCGGACGUGAUGGGGGCCGCAUCGCCUCCGCUGCUCCGGUCCCCCAUCGAUCAAGUGACAAUGUGGCAGAUGAGAAUGAGAGAGAUCGAAUCCGUGGAGUCCGGACCGUUUCCCGAGCGUCCACGGGAGCCGGACUGUACUUAUUACCUCAGGACUGGCCUUUGCAGAUUUGGGAUAACUUGCAGAUACAAUCAUCCUCCGAAUAGGCAGAUGGCUAUUGCGGCAGCAAGGAUCAAGGGAGGAUAUCCUGAAAGAGUUGGGCAACCUGAAUGUGAGUUCUAUCUAAGGACUGGUACAUGCAAAUUUGGAGCUACAUGCAAGUUCCAUCACCCAAGAGAUAAGGCAGGAAUUGCUGGAAGAGUCCAAUUAAAUGUUUUAGGUUAUCCACUUCGUCCGGACGAAGCAGAAUGUGCAUAUUAUAUGAAAAAUGGAGAGUGCAAAUUUGGGAACACUUGUAAAUUUCACCAUCCACAGCCUAACACAAUGGUUUCAUUAUGUGGUUCUACUGUUUAUCCUGGUGUUCAUUCUCCUACUUCUGGCCAGCAGUCUUAUACUGGGGGUUUGACAAACUUGUCCUUGUCAAGAGCUUCUUUUAUUGCUAGCCCUCGAUGGCAAGGUCUUUCAAGCUAUGCCCAAGUGAUUUUUCCUCAGGGUUUGGUUCAAGUUCCUAGCUGGAACACAUUUUCGGGACAGUUGAGGUCUGUUUCAUCUUCAGAGAGUCAGCUGCAUAUGCCGCAGACAACUCCGUUUUAUGGAACAUCUCGUCAGAGUGAAACGACUACAGGGGUUCAAGGAAUGAUCCACUCUUAUCGAUCCGGUGCUAUUCCUCUGGGUCAGUAUGUAUUGGCAAGGGACAAUGUUUUCCCUGUGAGACCUGGUCAACCUGAAUGUGAAUUUUAUUUGAAGACCGGAGAUUGUAAAUACGGUGCAGCCUGCAAGUUCCAUCAUCCUAGGGAGAGACUAAUUCCUAUCCCUGACUGCGUGCUGAGUCCUCUAGGCCUUCCAUUACGCCCUGAAGAACCCAUAUGCAUUUUUUAUUCACGAUAUGGUAUCUGCAAGUUUGGCACACACUGCAAAUUUGACCAUCCUAUGGCAGCACCCAUGGGAAUAUAUGCUUACAGCCUUGCGACAUCCUCUUUAGCUGAUGUGGCAGUCGCUAGAAAUUUACUUGCAACCUCGUCCGGACCUCCAUCGUUCCAAGCUCCUCUUGAAGUUGCCACCGGGAAGUCUAGACGACUUUUGUUCUCUGAUUCUCUGCAAAUUGCUUCCGGCGAUGAACGUAUCAAGUCAGAGGGAUCACAAGCCACUUCAAGCACCGGCAAACUUUCUUCUUUCUGAGAACCUUGUGAGAUAAAAGGUAUCUUUCCGAACCAAGUUUUUCAUGAAGAACCAAGUUACGGUGUCUCAUUCCGGUUGUUGUACCAUGAUGCUGUUUCACUUUGAGAUUAAAGAAAGAGAAAAAGAUUCUGUGUUUGACAAAUGCACUAUGCUUUUCUAACAAUUUUACAUGAGGGCCAGUU